GGCGAGCAAGCCUGCAGGGACGCCAGGCGUGUUCGGCGUCUGCACCGUGCGCCCUCACCUCAGUUGUCUAAACUUCAGGCUCCCUUCCACCCUCCCUCCGCGCCCGGAGUCAACAACUUCUUCACCCCCCUCCGCCCCCGCCCUAACCUCCGUCAGCCCGGGAGCUCGCCCGCGCGGCGGGGACCAGGAACCUCCGGGUGCUGAGAUGUGGCCGUGAGGCGUUGGCGGGCGGCGAGGAGAAGCUCGGCGGCGCCCGGGAGCCGGACGGCGGUUUGGUCGGGGGCGGUCCGGGGCUCAGGGCCGCGAGCUCUCCCCGCCUGCUGCUGCUGCUGCCGCCGUCGUCGUCCCCGCUGCCCGCGCUGUGCAAGCAGCCACCGGAGCUGCCAAGCGCCAAGGCCGCGGAGAUGUCGUCGUCGCCGCCGUCGCCUCCGGCGGCGGGGGCUGCCAGCGCCGCCAUCUCGGCCUCGGAGAAAGUAGACGGCUUCACCCGGAAAUCGGUGCGCAAAGCACAGAAGCAGAAGCGCUCCCAGGGCUCGUCGCAGUUCCGCAGCCAGGGCAGCCAGCCGGAGCUUUCCCCCUUGCCCCAGCUCAAAGAUGCCACCUCAAAUGAACAGCAGGAGCUUUUCUGUCAGAAGCUGCAGCAGUGUUGCGUGCUGUUUGAUUUCAUGGACUCUGUUUCAGACUUGAGGAGCAAAGAGAUUAAAAGAGCAACACUGAACGAACUGGUUGAGUACGUUUCAACUAAUCGUGGUGUACUUGUUGAAUCAGCCUAUUCUGCUAUAGUAAAAAUGAUCAGUGCUAACAUCUUUCGUACUCUUCCUCCAAGUGAUAAUCCGGAUUUUGAUCCAGAAGAGGAUGAGCCCACGCUUGAAGCCUCCUGGCCUCACAUACGAUUGGUAUAUGAAUUCUUCUUGAGAUUUCUGGAGAGCCCCGAUUUCCAGCCUAGUGUUGCCAAGCGAUACAUUGAUCAGAAAUUUGUACAACAGCUCCUGGAGCUUUUUGAUAGUGAAGAUCCCAGAGAACGUGACUUUCUCAAGACUGUUCUGCAUCGAAUUUAUGGGAAAUUCCUUGGAUUAAGAGCAUUCAUCAGAAAACAAAUCAACAACAUUUUCCUCAGGUUUAUAUAUGAAACAGAACAUUUCAAUGGUGUUGCUGAACUCCUUGAAAUAUUAGGCAGUAUUAUCAAUGGCUUUGCACUGCCACUGAAAGCAGAACAUAAACAAUUUCUAAUGAAGGUUCUUAUUCCUAUGCAUACUGCAAAAGGAUUAGUUUUGUUUCAUGCUCAGCUGGCAUACUGUGUUGUACAGUUCCUGGAGAAAGAUACAACACUAACAGAACCAGUGAUCAGAGGACUGCUGAAAUUUUGGCCAAAAACAUGCAGUCAGAAAGAGGUGAUGUUUUUAGGAGAAAUUGAAGAAAUCUUAGAUGUCAUUGAACCAACACAGUUCAAAAAAAUUGAAGAGCCACUCUUUAAGCAGAUAUCCAAGUGUGUUUCCAGUUCUCAUUUUCAGGUUGCAGAAAGGGCAUUGUACUUCUGGAAUAAUGAAUAUAUUCUUAGUUUGAUUGAAGAGAAUAUUGAUAAAAUUCUGCCAAUUAUGUUUGCCAGCUUGUACAAAAUUUCCAAAGAACACUGGAAUCCAACCAUUGUCGCACUGGUGUAUAACGUGCUGAAGACCCUCAUGGAAAUGAACGGCAAGCUUUUCGAUGACCUUACUAGCUCAUACAAAGCGGAAAGACAGAGAGAGAAAAAGAAGGAACUGGAACGUGAAGAAUUAUGGAAAAAAUUAGAGGAACUAAAGCUAAAGAAAGCUCUAGAAAAACAGAACAACGCUUACAACAUGCACAAUAUUCUCAGCAAUACAAAUGCCGAGUAACAAAAAAAAAAAAAAAAAAAAAGACUAGCACUUCUGCCGGAUAGAUGGAUUUGUACACUUUUAAAAUAUGUAAAAAUUGCAAAGCAAACCUCAUCAGUAUAAUAUAAUUAAAAAGUCAGGGGGAUUUUUUCCCCCUGGCAACUGUAAAUGAAAGCUAUAUGAAUUAAAAACAGCCCUGUGUUAUAUCAUGGCCACGGUAUAUUGUAAACUUUGUUUAGCCAAUGAUUUGUGUCACUUCUGAAGUUUCACAGAAAUGAAUUUUAUCAUAUGAGUGAGAUAAUUAUGGAAUUGGUAAGAAUUAUGACUUGAAUUAUUUUUUGAUUGUGUUGCACAUAGAGUAGACUGCUCUAUAUAUUUUUCCCUUUUAUAAUGUGCUUUUUAACAUUGCUG